UGCUUGGAAAGGAGAUAGGUGUAAGACAGAGGCUUUUCUGCCUCACUCUCACUUGUCUUUUCGCUUCUGAGUGCUUCCAAACUCCUAUUCUGUAGACUUUUGCGCACAGCUUUAUUAUUUUCUACCCUUUUCCAAGUGAGUUAAUUUUGGCUACGCGGUACUGUCCCCUGUGCUCUGCCCAAUGACAAGUCGGUUCCCCAUACGCAGGUAGUUGCUGGGCAGACAACACCCCGCCUUAGCCAUCCGUCCCACAGCGGCACCGCCCUCCGAGCGCUCUGCCCCGCCUCAGCCACAAGAAGGGCGGGGACCAGGAUUUGAGUGACAGGACGCUCUGAGGGCGGGCAAAGACACAGCAGCCAAUAGUAAUUCUGGCUAGCCUUGACGAGCAGAGCUCGCAGCCAACCGGGUUUAGCGCGCCGGAGGAAGGCGGAGCGCCCCGUUGCUAGGGCCGCGCUGUUGCUAGGGCCGCGGCAGAGCGCGGUGGCGGCCGCCGCCGCCGCCUUCCCGACCCGCUACCUCUGCCUCCGCCUUUCUCGGGCCGGGGUGAUGGUGAAGCUCUCCGCCAAGUGCCUGCUGGCAGGUGAUCCAGCUGUGGGGAAGAGUGCUUUAGCCCAGAUGUUCCGCAAUGAUGGGGCUCAUUUUCAGAAGAACUAUACAUUGACAACGGGCAUUGAACUGUUGGUGAAGGCUAUAUCAGUUCCAGAGACAAGUGAUAGUGUGGAAUUCUUCAUUUUUGACUCUGCAGGCAAAGAUCUAUUUUCUGAGAUGCUGGAGAAACUGUGGGAGCAACCAAAUGUCCUGUGCCUUGUGUAUGAUGUCACUAAUGAGCAAUCUUUCAGCAACUGUGCCAAGUGGCUGGAAAAGCUGAGGGCACAAGCAGUUGGAAUGCACAUCCCAGGUGUCUUAGUGGGGAAUAAAACAGAUCUGGUUGGUCGUCGAGUUGUGGAACAGAAACAAGCACAGGAAUGGGCUGACAAACAUGGCCUGGAAUACUGUGAGAUGUCAGUAAAGGAGAUGAAAAACUUUGAGGCCCCUUUCAACAUCCUGGCAAAGUCAUUCUACCAACUGUACAAGGAAAAAGUGGAAACCUUUCACUCACUAGCUUGAGGGCCGUGACUGGGAUGACUUAACUUCAGAACUUCUUCUAGUGCCCAGAAUCCUAUGGAUUGGAAUACAGAGAGAGGACAAAAGAUGAGCUUUUUGCUUCUUCACAGUCAUCUUCUGGUAAUUCAAAAUAAACUAGAAAUAAGCGAAUGGAAAGACAUUAUUUUGGAAUUGCUACCUUAGCACCCCCUUCAUGUCCUUUACCUCGGUUCUCUGCUCACUGAAAGUCGGUUAGGUUGGAAGAGGAAGGAAUAAAAGGGGGAGGGCAGAAUGGAAAUUGCCAGCUUUUUGCCUUGAUAAUAGUGCCUUAUCUCAUGUCUGAACAAAAUUCCUGCAAGGAUGUAGAGAUUUGGAGGAGGAGAGAAGAAGCUGACAGGAUAUUUUUCAGCUUAAGCAACUCAGCACUGGUACAUACGUUGCAGGGCAGGACUGAUUCAGCCCUACUACUUGCAAAGCAUUUUCAGUAGAAAGUCUGUGGCCUGAAAUGGACACGUAGUUGGAUUGGAUUUAGGUGUGUUUCUGGGAACACCCGGAGUUUGAGGCCUUUUUUAACAGUGUUAUUCGUAUCAGUUCUAGAAUUGGUAUAGUGAUGGCUAACAUCUCUUUGUAAUGCCAAGAAUUUGGUUUUCUUCAACGGGGCUCUUCCACUGCCGGUCUGUCUUGCACCUGUGCCAUUGUCACUUGGUAACACAGUGCCCUCUGCUGGACCCGGGUCACAAAAUUUCUGAAGCAGCUACCUCUGUUGAAGCAAGGACUUUGUACAGUCUCACCCAAAUUGGCUUACCUGUAAAAUGAAGUCAUAUGGUGAGAAUAUGUCUUUUAUUCCAGGGGCAAGUCUAAAACUGAAAUUGCCCUUCCUUCUUCAUGCAUUUGUUAUUUUAUUUGUUUCUGUGUCAUUUUGCAUCUUGUCAGCUAAACAUCAUGUUCACAUCUUCUCAUAGGUUUAGCUCUCCAUCCCUUACUGGAAUCAGUCACCUUUGUUGUUAAACUUUCCCUGCUUACCCUUGAAUUCCAAAGUACAAGCUAUGAUUCUGAUUUCAGUUGUGGAAACAGGACUCAGGUUGAAAGACAAACUAGCUAAGUUAAUUUGAUUCAGCCACAUAUAAAUUUUGUACCAAAAGGGUAAAAGCCUGGACAGAACACUGUGAGAGAUGUUGACAUUGCAUAUGUAAGAAUUGCUAAUACUUGCUAAUGCAGUAUGUGAAAACAUCCAGUUAUGUACUGCCUUGCAGCUGGACCUAACAUUAAAGAGUUCAAAACUGUAGCAUUUCUCCUCUUCCAGAACUAUUUUGGCCUCCCUUGGGUAAGGAAAGCUAAUUUCUGAGGAGAAUAAACACUAAGGAGUUUUUCAGGCAAGCUUUUCAGGAAUCUGUGUUUCAAUACUUUUAUACAUAUAUUUUAUAACCACUUUUAUACCCAGUGCUAGGAAUAUGACUGCAGAUGUUGUAGCAGAGUUUAUGAAGCACUUCAAGAGUCUGCAAUAGCAGCUGGGCUCAUUUCACUGGCAACACUAUGUUGAUGCUGGGAAUUAGCUAGGGAGCAUGAACACAAGCUAAAGAGGUUAAGCAGGCCCUGAGCUUGCUGGAAAAGAAAAUAAAUAGACUUCUUGUUGUUUUGUUUUGUUUUUCACAAAUCCACUUGGGGGGAUGGGGGGAGAAGACAUAGCUGGGAAAGCUCUUAUUUGAAGAAAAGGACUCCUCCUUGGGCUUAGGGUCACUAGAUACAACUCACCUUUUUUGGCUUGGGUUACCUUGUUAAUCCUGGGGGUGUCUGUUGAUUUACAUAGGCUGAAUGGAAGUUUGCCUGUGGAUACUAGUACCCCUAUUAGGAAUAAAAGUUGUUUUGGAUGUUGAACUGAUCUACAGAAGGUAGUUCAUUUCCUCCUAUUUUUAUUGAUGAUGUGAUUGCAACACUUCUUUUUUUUCAUCUUGAAAAUAGCCUGCCAGCUGUGCCUGUCCCCUGUGAUGCGGUACAUGGGGGGAAGGGAGGGGAGUGAAUGCCUUAGGAAUGGGUGAUGAAAUGAAUCCUGCAUGAUCUCUAACGGGUGAGUUCAAUCUCUGUGCGCCAGAAAGAUCUCCCAUAACUUCAAAUAAACAGCCUAAAUACACCAGUAAGAUGAAGAUUGGUGAACAUUGUUUUAUUAAAUGAACACAAAAGCUGGAGGAUCUCAUUAAGGGAGUGCUGGUGGUGAUUUGUGAUUUAUUGGGAAGCUGCUUUUGAUAGGUUAGCGAAGAAAAAUGCAUCCCAUGCAGGGAAAGAUAUAUUGCCAGAGAGAGGAAAUGUGUAAUCUAAUUAGCUAGCAGUAGGGAUUCACCAACUGCCCCUGUCCUUCAUUCUGCAGGCCAAGACUAGAAAUAGAAAAAAGGUUGUGUCUAAAGCACAUAGCCCACCUUGCUGUUUGGCCAUUACUAUCUCCAUCAUUCUAAUGCAUUUUAAAAGCAGAAUAUAUUGUCCUUUCUAGCUAACAGGCUAUGUAAUAGCAGCGUGAUGCAGGUGAUGCUAUUUUCCUAGCUUAUUUGUGACCUUGGUUAUAGAGACUAAUAUGAAGGGUGAAUGGAGACCAUGGGAGUCAGAUACAACCAGGCUGUGGAAAAGUUUUGUCUAUAAAGUGAGGAUGCUUGUUUGCUGCUUAGCCUUUGCAUCUCCCUGAAUUACGGGUGCUGACAGGGGGAGGAAAGCAGAAAGUAUGUCUGCUGGCCAUUGUUGUCUUCUUACAGCUCCUCUACUUUGUCCAGCUAUGCAGUGCUGUAGGUGUUACAAGGAUAGAUAAUGGCAGGACAAAGGGAAAUGGUUUUAAGUUAAAGGAGGGAAGAUUUAAGUUGGAUGUUGGGGAAGUUCUUUACCAAGAGAGUGAUGAGGUGCUGGCACAGGCUGCCCAGAGAGGUUGUGGAUGAGCAACCCUAGAGGUAUUCAGGGCCAGAUUGGAUGGGGUCUCGGGCAGCUUGGUCUAGUAUUAGAUAUGGAGGUUGGCAACCCUGCAUGCAGCUGGGGGGUUAGAACUUCAUGAUCCUUGAGGUCCCUUCCAACUCAGGCCAUUCUGUGAUUCUAUGUGUUCAGCGUGCAUGCUGACAACACAAAAGAACCCUAAUUCAGCCAGAGCUGAAAUUUCAAAAGACAGGAGAGGAAACAAGCGGGCCUUUAACCAUCUUUAAGAAGUGUGUAGUCCUUUUUCCUGCUUGUUUUUUGUUUUGUUUUGUUUUUUUGAUUGGGGGAAAAAACUGUCUUUUCUCCUCAGAGUUCCUCCUUACCUUUCCUUUGGUCCUCAUUUCUCAUUUUUUUACUGGAAAAAAAAAUAAAAAAAAAGGUUUACAUAUAAACCUUUUUACACUUGUGUCUAGCUCUGUGUGGUAUGCUACAUCACCAUUUAAAAAAAAUUGUUGUUGUUUUAUAAUUUCUUCAUUGGCUAUUUCCAAGACUAUAAGACAUUUUGUCUUAGGGAAAUAAAUGGAUGAACAGAAAUGGAAUUUUAGUCAAGUCGUCUCUGAGGAGUGAACCUCAUAAACUGACUGACAUUCUGAAAUUUUACUGGAAAUUCAUUUUUGUAAAGUUGUCUAAUGAAGGUUGCUUUCAUAGUUUUGUUUUGUCUUGCCAGACAUGUUCUACCAUGGAGUGAAAUGCAGGAUAUAAAACUCCAGAAAGAUCAAUCCUUGUUGUAGGAUUUAAUAAGAACUUCAAAGUUGAUCAUACAGUGAUAAUUUCUGUUCAGUCUUAACAAUGGAAUGGUCACUGCUGUUCAUAAUAAAGCAACACAUAUACUGAAAUGGGGCUGUCAGAACAAUUUCUUCUAGAGAUCUGUUCAUUUUACAGACUUGAAACAAGAAAGGACAUCUUUUAGAAAACUGAUCUGAUAAAGGAUACUAUUUGGUCCAGAGUUAUUUCUGAUAUAACAUCAGUGACUUAAAGGGCUGGAUUUAGUCAGUUAUGCCAAUUGACUCCCCUGGGUAAGCUUCAUUUCUUUACCUUCUAUACAUCUUGGACCGAUCUGACCUGAUAGCAAAAGACACAUGAUGUUGUUGAAAAUGAAAUACUGCCUUGGGGCAGAAGGAUAAACUGUGGCCUCCUGAGGUCUUCCCAGCAAUACUUUCUAUAAUUCUAUUAGAUUAAGUGGGGAAAGAAGUAGCGAGGAAAGCAUAAAACAGGCUAAGUCAUAAACUAGCAAUUAAAGUGGGAGCUGGGCCGGGCUACAGCAGAAAACGUACAAUCUAUCCCAAUUAAGAGCUGUAUCUCAAGAGAAACCAGGAGCCUGACGCAGGUGCUGACAGCAGGGAAAACACUGCAUUUCUGUUCUGUAGGCAGCAAAUGCUUUCUACUGGUGCUUACCCAGAUCCACGGGGGUCCGUACCCUGCUCAGGACUAUGCUCUGCUUUUAAUAAUUACUGUAUCUAUGAUAUUCAGCUGACAGCUGCUUGCAGUUGUUUUCUCAUCUGCCUGUAUAAAGCCAGCAGUCUGAUGGCAGAUCUCUAUUAGUAGAAGGAAGAUGUGUCUGUUCUUGACACCAUCUGUUAUGGGACCCCUCCCUCUCUCCCGGAGUUCACAGUCUUUCCAUUUCAUCUCCACUUCUUCAUGGAGAAUAGCUACCACUGCUUGUUUUUAGCAAGUCAUUUUUCCAUCUUGUAGAUGAUACUCUGUGAUCCUGGGGCUAAGAGGCUUCUAGGACCUUCUGCAGCAGAGGUGGAUUGCUAGCAUGAAAUAUUCAAGGGCCAUGUUGGCCCCCUUAGCGUUUCUCAUAGCCUGAGGGCAAAUCAUCUCUCUGCUUCUCGCAUCCUAUUUUCUCCUCCUGCUGUCAUCUUGCCUUGAGAACAAUGUCUUGUGAGCCACUUGCCCUUGGCUCUGUUGACCUGGAACAGCAAGGCUUGGGGGAGGGAGAAAGAAGAGAGCAUCUCAGUCUCCAGUCCUUUCAGGUGUUGUGAACUCUGAGGCGCUAUUGUCGAAAUCACCUGACAGGUGGGGAUGUUGCUCAGUCUAGAGUGUAAUUUUCUGGCAGGAGACCCCCAGCUGAGUCCCAGCAGCCUCAUCUCGGCUCUUCAGAGCUUGCUGCAGUAUAACUUUCAUAGACAUGGGUUGUUCUCAUUCUGACUUGGAGCUGUGGUUGCUUAUUGUUUUGUUUUGUUUUUACUCCUUGGGGGUCCUUCUCUCAUUCUUCUGUCACAGCUUCACAUAUUUCUUCCCCUAGAGCUGUUUGUCAAGAAAAGUCUGGAAUUGCUCUCUUUCCUGGUCUCUGAGAUCAAAUCCAAAUUUGGCAAUGUUUAAAAGGGAAAUGUGACAGACCCUACAUGUCAAACUGGGGUCAGGGAUGGGGUCAGUUUAAUGAGUUUCCCUCCAGCCAGAUAUGCAUCAGUUGGAGAAAUGUGGAGCCUGUUAUCUUCCUGUACAAGUACUGGAAAAAUAUACAAUGUGAAGACUUUUAGUCAGGGAGUGUGAGCAGAUUAGGUACAUAGGCAGAAGUGGUGAGCUGCUGUGCCUCAAACAGUGGAAAUGAAGGAGCAGUAGGGGAAUAGGAAUGAAUAGGAGUGACUAGGGUCUAUAUUCCUUCAUGAAAAGCCCAAGGGAUUUGCAGAGGGAGAGUGGGAAAUGUGGAUGGAAAGACCUAAGGCUUUUUCUGGCUUGUAGAGUUAUGUACGGAAAUUAAAUGAGAGAAAACAUAAUUUAUGCUUGAGCCGUUGAGGGAAAACAAGGAUACAAGAUAGUGGUGGAUGACAUUGCAGGUUGCAGAACAGGUGGUAAGAAUAAAUAACUGGAUAGAAAUUUGCAGCACUGAGAUCUCCUGGUCGAGGUUGGUUUGGGGAAUUCAGAGCCAUGAUGAGUAAGGUCAGUGGCAACCAUGAGUUUAGGUUCAAGAUAAAGGGUUUGCAGUAGACAAAGGCAGGUUGGAUUAAAGCCUGUGUGACAGAGUUGAUGCUGGAGUUAUGCAGCAAUCGUGAAAACCCAUAAUAGUAAGCCUAGAGUAGCAUGGGGAGAUAAACACAGCAAUGCACUGAGGAUCAUAUUCAGGGGAGACUGGAAAAAAUUAAAAAAAAAAAAAAUAGAC